GCGGUAGCGGCACUGCAGCCCUCCAGCUUUCUUGCCUAUCGCACACACAGCUGAAACUAGAAGAAAAAAGCCAAUUAGUCACUGAACCCGUCGCACUAGUCAUCGAUCAAGAACAACAAUAAUCAUGGGGACCCUUGGCAGAGCCAUAUACACCGUUGGAUUCUGGAUUCGCGAGACUGGCCAGGCCCUUGAUCGCCUUGGCUGCCGGUUCCAGGGCAGCUACUACUUCCAAGAGCAACUGUCUAGACAUCGUACUCUCAUGAACAUAUUUGAUAAAGCCCCUAUGGUCGACAAGGAUGCAUUUGUAGCCCCCAGUGCAUCUAUCAUUGGGGAUGUUCAAGUUGGAAAAGGAGCAUCAAUUUGGUAUGGUUGUGUUUUGAGAGGUGAUGUGAACAGCAUUAGUGUUGGAGCUGGAACUAAUAUACAAGACAAUUCCCUUGUGCAUGUCGCAAAAUCUAAUCUAAGUGGGAAGGUGAUACCAACUAUAAUUGGGGACAAUGUUACUGUAGGCCAUAGUGCUGUUUUACAUGGAUGUACUGUUGAGGAUGAGGCUUUUGUUGGCAUGGGAGCAACACUUCUUGAUGGUGUUGUUGUUGAGAAACAUGGCAUGGUUGCUGCUGGAGCCCUUGUGAGACAGAACACUAAGAUUCCUGCUGGAGAGGUGUGGGGAGGCAAUCCAGCAAAGUUUCUGAGAAAGCUAACCGAUGAAGAGAUAGCCUUUAUUUCACAGUCAGCCACAAAUUAUUCCAAUCUUGCACAGGUUCAUGCUGCUGAGAAUGCUAAGCCUUUUGAUGAGAUUGAGUUUGAGAAGGUGCUUCGCAAGAAAUUUGCUCGUCGUGAUGAAGAGUAUGAUUCAAUGCUGGGUGUUGUACGAGAAACUCCACCUGAACUUAUUCUUCCAGAUAAUGUCCUACCUGAUAAAGAACAAAAGGCACAAUAAAGUUUUUCACGAGGUAUUGUCUCUUAAAAGGUCAAAUCUUCAUAUUUGAGGCUGAAGGAAUAUUUGUUGUCCUGUGCAAAUACAUGAAGAAGGGAUCAAUUUCCUUCCCAAUAAUAUCAGACGUAUUUAGGAUAGACACAUGUCUCCUUUUUGAAUUUAAGGCUCUGCUCUACUUGUUGCUAUUCGCUCUGUUUCUUCCAUGAGGGAAGUAAUGCCAAGUAGGAUUCGUAUUGAUGUUUUAAUGUUGCUUUUACUAGAGAUUUUGUCUAUCCAUGCUUCUGAUAUCAAGUUAUUUCAGGAAUGAUUUUAUAUU